AUGUCUAGAGCAAAAGUACCACUGGAUUUCAAUCCAUAUGAUGUGCUGGAAUUGUCAAAGGAUUGCACUGACAAAGAGGUGAUCAAAGCGUAUCGGAAAAUAGCGCUGAAAUGGCAUCCUGAUAAAAAUCCAGAUAGAAAAGAAUUCGCGACGCAAAUGUUCCUGAAAGUAUCGAGAGCUUUUGAGAUACUUAGCGACUCAGCUGCAAGAGGGGCAUAUGAUCAGGUUAUUGCUGCCAAAUCGGCGAAGGUCUUGUACGCUCAAAGAAGACAAGAAACAGAAAAUGCUAAUCGUAGAAGGUUGCGAGAGGAAUUGGAGAGGAGAGAAGCCGAAGCUGCAAUCAAGACUCAAUUAGAUGCUGAAGAAGCGGUCAAAAAUUUUGAAAAAGAGGUUGAACGACUUCGAAAAGAAGGAUCAAAAUUGCUCCAAAAAGAACGCGAAAAUAUUGAAAAGGAAGUACAUUCAAAAGCGAAUUCAGUUGGUAAAGUUGCAUUUGGAGAUAUCUCAGUUAUAGUGGUUUCAAAAGCGGGAAAGGGGUCAGCCAUGUUGGAUUUUCAAACACUUCGAGAUCUGGAAGGUCUUAGUAACGAAAGUGGGCUUGCAGAAGCUCCUCUCAAAAUAACUUGGUUAUCGGAACGACCUAAAUAUUCCACAUUUUCAUCUAUUCCAAAACAACCUCAAACGAAAGAAGUUUAUGUUUCUCAUUCACAGUUUUUGGAUUUCGAGCAAGAAGUUUUAGCAAAGAUGAUAUCAGGAAGUAAAAGGAAAUUUGAUGAAACUUGA